AUAUUGUAACAUCUAAUAACACAACACUCGUUAUGGUGUUUGGUAUUGACGUGAUGUUUUGUAUUGACGUUGAACAAUAACGGUGGGUAUUUGAAGGCUUAGGCUAUAUAUUCAAUGCAGUUAUUUUUCCUUUUCUCUUCAGUAUUUUUGUUCAAGGUGUACCAUAAUAAAUAAGGUACUACUAGUAAAUAACCCUAUCCUCUACAAUGAGGAUAAGAAGAGUUGUGAAGACGGUGUUGAGUGUGGAGCAGGUAGAAGGUGUGGGAGCCCAUGUCCGCAGAAGCAUAGGAAGAAAGGAGCUGAUUAACCUGGAUCCUUUCUUGAUGUUGGAUGAGUUCAAAGUCAAAAAGCCAUCUGGCUUCCCCGAUCACCCCCACAGAGGCUUUGAGACCGUGACCUACGUUUUGAAAGGCGUUUCAGCCCAUGAGGAUUUCUGUGGCCACUCUGGACUACUGAAACCAGGGGACUUACAGUGGAUGACGGCAGGCCGAGGGGUGGUCCAUGCAGAGAUGCCCGUGUCUGAGGAGCCCGUCCAGGGCCUGCAGCUGUGGGUCAACCUGAGGAGGGAGGACAAGAUGGUGGAGCCCCAGUACCAGGAGCUGAAGGACAGCCAGGUCCCCAAGCCCAGCAGGGAGGGGGUCACUGUGGCCGUCAUCUCUGGACAGGCCCUGGGGGUACAGUCCAAAAUCUUCACCAGGACUCCAACACUGUAUCUGGACUUCAAGCUGGAUGGAGGAGCCAAGCAUGUACAACCAGUUCCUUCAGGAUGGACCUCGUUUAUCUACACACUGGCAGGAUCUGUCUGUGUUGGGCCAGAUGCAGAGCAGCAGAAAGCGGAGCCACAUCACACCAUCGUGUUUGAUGAUGGAGACUGCAUAGCCGUAGAAAACAAGACAUCAGAGGUUUGCCAUUUUGUCUUGAUUGCGGGACAGCCGAUCAAUGAACCGGUGGUCCAACAUGGUCCGUUUGUGAUGAACACAGAAGAGGAGAUCAACCAGGCAGUCAGAGACUACAGGACAGGGACCAAUGGGUUCGAGAGGGCUACGGCUUGGAGGUCUAAGAUCAGGGAUUCCUUCUAAGAGUCGGCAGACAUCUUCUAAUCAUGUUAUAGGUCUUGUCUUGUUAUGGUCAUGUGACCCAAGUGUAUUUUAAUAAUGAACCAGCUUGAUGUGUGUUUGUCUCUUUUUAAAUCAUUAAGUUCUCAUUUUAUACAGAUUUUUUUUCUUCUCAAAUAGAUGUUUUGUUACUGUCCCUCCAAGCCAUUAAACUGACAUGUAAAUGA